GGCGCACACGUACACGCAUGAGAAAACCAGGCCCUUACAAAUUUCCCGGGUUUUGAGUAAGAGGCCUUCAAAGAAAACCGGGCCCUUAGAUUUUGAGAGCGAGGGUUUCAACCGAUCCUUUCUCCGUUUUACAGGAGUAGAGAGGGAGAGAAAAAGAGUGGGAAAGAGAGGCUGAAUUGUGAAGUAGCUUCGAACCAUGGCGAUUGCCAGUCAGUACCUGGUAAGGUGUAGCUUGGUGGACGCAGCUCCGCUCAUCAAGAGGUCGGAGUCUACCGAUGCAUCCGCUGGACCAGCCAUGAUUAGGGUUUUGGAGGAGCGAAGGAGUUGCAGAAGUGUUCGUUGCUCGUUUGCUCGAAAGGGGAAUUACAAGGCCAACGCGGUGGAUUUUGAUUCAGGCAAUGGAGAUGACAUGUCUUGGGAGAAGAAGAUGAGAGAGAGGUUGAAGGAGCUCGAGGAGAUGAAGGAGUUGGAGAAGCUUGCUGAGGAGUUGCAGAGCAAAGAUGCAGAGGCAGCAAUUGAUCAGGAGACUGAGGAGGAAAAGAGGGAGAGGGUCAGGAAAGAGCUCGAAAAGGUUGCGAAGGAGCAAGCAGAGCAAAGACAAAUGGCGAAGCUGAUGUUCGAUCUGGGCCAGAAGGCUUAUGGAAGGGGAAUGUAUGGUCGAGCCAUUGAGUUUCUUGAAGGUGCCCUCACCAUUAUUCCAAGGCCUACACUCUUCGGUGGAGAGAUACAAAUAUGGCUUGCCAUGGCCUAUGAAGCCAAAAAUAGGCAUGCAGAUUGCAUCGCGUUGUAUCAACAGUUGGAGAAGAAGCAUCCCAGUGUUAGCAUCAGAAGACAGGCUGCUGAAUUGCGCUAUAUUUUACAAGCACCCAAGCUCAAAAUCUCAGAGGAUGAAAUGGUCAGAAUUCCUUUGAUUGGAUCUAGUUAUGACAGCUAUGCAGGAACAUGGAGUGACAAAUACAAGAACCAAGAUCAGUGGAGAGGGGUUAACAGGACUAGCCAAAUUACUUCAAGUAGAGACUACCUUGCAGACUUCUUGGUGUGGCGUCCUCCAGCUGGGUGGGAAAGCAACCAAGUUUUGUGGGUAGCUCUCGCUGCCUGGAUAGGCCUUGUUGGAGUUGCUCUCUUUGUGCAGAGGUAGACGUGACCUCCAUGAAGGAGAGAGAAGGACCUCUCUCUCUCUCUAUCUCUCUCUCUUCCUUCCUCUGUAUGUGUGUGUCUGUUUGUAUGUAUUUGUGAAAUUUUUGUAUGUGUAAAAUAGAAGCUCCAAAUGUCAUUAUUUGUAAUUUUUUCUAGGAAUGUUGUCUGUGCUUUCCGUUGUGUCAUUAUUUUACGGAUUUGGGGGUUUUUGAUAGACGCUUGAUAUUGUGUCUUAUCUUCUGACCUCUGAGAAUAAUAUGCGCCUGCUUACCCAAAGAAAUGUGGCCCAAAAACUUGUGGGAACAUUUUGUACUA